UUUGAAGCAUUAUCCCACGUUUAACACAACCCCAGUUCAAAUAUCUAACCUUCAUAGGCUAUAAGACAUAGAAACUGAUACACUAGCUUUGAAGCGUCAAACAGAGCCAUGGCUUCUGCUUCUGCUAAUGAUACCACAAAAAAUGUUUUUGAUGAUGGGAAGUACCAAACGGUGCUUCUAAAAGCAGAAAGUGGGAGUUGCUGUUCUAAGUCGUCUAAGGUUCCUGUCCCACCUCCAAGGCCGCUUUUGAUUGCCACGCCAUCUGAAGCUGGUGAAUUCCCACUACUUGUCUUUCUCCAUGGUUACCUUCUCUGCAACUCGUUUUAUUCUCAGCUUAUCCAACACAUCGCUUCUCAUGGAUUCAUUGUCAUCGCCCUUAAGUUAUACACCCUGGCUGGAUCAAAUGCAAAUGUUGACAUUAACUCCACAGUGGCUACAACCAAUUGGAUAUCCGAAGGACUCCAUUACUUGCUUCCACAGCAUGUUCAGCCAAACAUGAGAAAGCUAGGACUCGUCGGCCAUAGCCGUGGAGGCAAGGCUGCUUUUGCACUUGUUCUUCAAAAAGCAGCAACUUCUCUCAAGUUCUCUGCCCUAAUAGGCAUUGACCCAGUUGAUGGAAUCUGCAGAGGCUUACAAACCCCUCCACCAGUACUCACCUAUGUACCUCAUUCAUUUGACCUUGAUAUGCCUGCAAUGGUAAUUGGUACGGAAUUGGGUGAAAUGGGAAAGAAUAUUCUAUGUUGUAUUCCUCUUCCAGCUCCUGCUCCUAAGGGAGUUAACCAUGAGGAUUUCUUUAAUGAAUGUCAAAAACCAGCUUGUCAUUUCUUUGUGAAGGGCUAUGGUCAUGUUGAUAUGCUAGAUGAUGAUAUUGGGUUAAUGGGGAUAGCUCUGAAUAUGAUUUGUAGCCAUGGGAAUUCUAGGAAACCCAUGAGGAGGUUUGUUGGAGGAGUUGCUGUUGCAUUCAUGAAAGCUUAUCUGCUAGGUGAUGACAGUGAGUUAAUGGCUAUAAGAGAUGGGCAGGAGACUGCACCAGUGGAGCUAAAAGCUAUUGAAUUUCUUGAGUGAAAUUUAUUUGUAGAGGCUGCUACAAGGGAAGAAUAGAUCUUAAGAGUAAUUUGAGCUCUAGUGUUGUAAUAUUUAUGACAUAUGCUCUUGUAGAAAUGCAGAGUUUCAAUAAAACUACUAUUACUUUUAA